AUGAUAGUCAGAAGAGAUCGCAUUCAUCAUCAAGGUAAAACCAAUCGAGAUUUCAAGAUGUUAGAUUCAUUCAAAAAUACUUCAAUUAAUCAAAUUAAUUCUUAAGAUGGAGAUAGAAUUGCUUCAUUAUCUGUUCCCAAAAAUAAGAAGUUUUCAGAAAUCUUAGACCAGAAGUCUAAAAGAAUUGUACAAUGCAAAGAUCCUGUUGAGGAAACAAAAAAUUCAGCUAAAAAAUUUAACCAACAUCAUUUAAUUGGCUAUCCGAGAUCCUCCAAUUUGGAAGAGAAGGAAUUGAUGAAAAGAGUGUUUUGUGGUGAUUCUAAUACACUUUUCUUUGAUGAGGAACACAGGUAAAGUUAAGAAAGUCCGGUUCAUACAAAAUAUGAGUAGAAGGAGAAAUUAGCAUAGUAGAAGAGAGAGGAGAACACUACAGGAAUUCAGGAAACAUAGUUAGUCGGUUUAGAAAAUAAGAAUACACUCGAAGGCAAGGUAGACCUAGAAAAAGUCAGAGAUAUCAGAAGAGCCAUUAGAAGAAGAUAUGCAAAUAGAAAAAACUUUUAAAAGAUCUUCAAUUUGUGGGAUGAAGAUUCCAAUGGUGCUGUUAGCGUUAAAAAUCUAUACAACAUGAUCUAAAGAUUAGGAAUCAACAUAAAUAUUGAUGAGGCAAGAGUCUUAUUAGCAAGUGCAGACAUGGAUGGGUCAAGUGAUUUAGGAUUAGAUGAAUUUCUAGAUCUCAUUUUCAAUGAUAAGGAUGCUCUUAAUGUAAAUUUAAAGGCAUUGCCAGCAUUAACUGAAGAUGAAAAGGAUUCUUUGGUAAAAAAUCAGGAAACCAUAGAUUUCCUAAGAAAAGAUGCUUUAUAAGCUAGAGAUAGAAGACACCAGAAUCAAGUCAAUCUCAUUCUAAAAAACAGAUUAUAAUAAUUGGGACAACAACUCACCAUGUAAGAUGAAUUACAAAAGGGAUACAUAAGUUUUGGCAGAUUUGAAAGAGUAAUUAAGAAAUUAGAGAUAGAUCCCAGUGUACUAUCUGAUCAAGAUCUCAAAAUCUUAUAUGACAAUUUCAAAAAUCAAGAUGACACAUUUGAUUAUAAAAAGUUCUUGAAUCAUCUUAAAUCAUUCUAAUUGUAAGAGGAAGUUUACAACGACCCAUAUUCAAACAAGAAUCAGGAACCAGUUGAUAAGAAAUAGUUAUUAUUAAAAAGCAUGAAAUAUUAAGAGGAUCAACUUAUUACUUUAUUCGACAUAACAAGAGUAGAUGCUCAUUCCUUGGAGAAGAUGAAAACAAAGACAAAGAAUCUUAUGAAUAAGAUUUAAAGAUAUUUACCUUCACAUACAAAAUUUGAGGAAUUUCUUAAAAGUAAAAUCUAAGGAAAUAAUGUAAAUGUAAAAGAAUUUUCUCAUGCGAUCAUACAAUUUUUGGAAAGUGUGAAUGAAAAAUACUAAAAAUUCGAUCUUGAAAGCAUGCUCAGCGUCUUGUAAUUUAGCUAAUAUGAAACUUAAAGAUCUGAUGAAAUUGUUAGGAUAUUGUUUAAUGAAACUGACUAGGAAUUUUAUGACAGAGCUCAAUUGAGAUAAAAAGGACCAGCACCUCCUGAGAAAAAAAUAAACAAUAAGAUAUUGAAAAAUAAAUCUGUAUGA